AUGUAUCCCAGAGACUAUAGGCCGCGAACACCUCGCACGCCUCGUCAACGCAAGACGACAGUUAGGAUGGACCCUGACUGUGCCAUUUGCCAUGCUCCUGCCACUCUGGCAUGUGACUGCGAGGCCAAGGGGCUUGAUGUUGCCAUUAAACAGGCCGAGCAUCGUAUGAUGCAGUCGAUAUACAACGACAUCCGUACCUGGGUUCGAGCACAUGCCCAAGACUAUAUCCUGGAGUAUUUCCGUCUUUUGACUGAGCGUCGAAAAGCUGCUCACACUGCCAACCUCGAUCGUAUCACCGCUCACGCUUACCACUACUAUCAUGCACCUCCUCACCCUAACGAGAUCGCUCAGGCACAAGCAAGCCUAAAGCGUGGCAUUGACGAGGACUGGCAAUCUAGCGUCCAACGAUAUCCCGAAGUUUUGGAAUACUUUUACAGCUUGGUCGAUCUGACACUUCCGCCCGAUGACGACCCCGCGGUCAAAGAUCCCCCCUUAAGUGCCCUGAGCGGCUCACGGAAAGCCAGCAGAAGAAUUGGAGGCGGCGCACCAGCCAUUGCAGGCGCCAGCUCCCAUGAUAAGGACCCGUUUGCACGGAGGACCCCGCCGCCGUACGAGCACCCUAGUAGAAUGGAUAGGAGAACACCAGGCCCGAGAGAAAAUAGGAGAUCAGUACCGCCUCCAGGGCCCCCAGGACCUCCAGGACCUCCAGGCCCUUUUGGUGGACGAACUGCCCCUCCACCACCCCCAGGUUCAUAUUACGGCUGGGGUCCUUGA